UCGUGAAAAUGCCGCGAGCUUUGGAUCUGCGCAGAUCUCGGGCUGACGUCACCGCGAACGCCAGCGCUCGGCCAUAAGCGGAAGUGAGGCAAGAGACGCCCUCGCCAAAUGCGCUCAGCCAUCUCGCGACAACUUCGCGGAUGUGGCGUGUUGUUGUUCUUCCUUUUCUCGUGGUCGUGUUUUCUUGACGCGAGAACGAGCGGCGCGCUGUGAAAUUCCGGGUCGCCGAGCCGCUAAAACGCGCCUUUCGCCUCGCCUCGCCUGUUAGCUGCGGACGAAGAGCGUCGCGAGCGAGCUCGGCAGCAGAGCCGAGUGCCAAGCAAGCCUCGCCGCCGUUGUGGACCGCACACGGAGGGCGGAGAAACGAGCCACCGCGGGAGAAAGAAAUCUCGGCACCGUUGCGCAGCGCGAGGAGGAAGCGAGGGCGUCCGCGACCGGACGCUCGCUUGGACCCACGCGCGGCAGUGUCCUGCAGACAUGAGCCCCCCUCCCCGCGUCAAAAGGGAAGAGGACCUUCCGGAGACACGGACACCAGAGCGGCCCCUCAUCAAGAAGGAAGAGGAGGAAGACUGGCCCCCCCACCUCAAAGAAGAAGAGGAGGAAGUGGGCAUCGGUCAGGAGGCCGGACAGCAUCUCGGCGGUCCGCGCGAAAAGGAGGCGCAGCGGGAGGAAGCGGAAGUCGACAUCCGCCACUUUCCUGUCAUUCAGGUCGUCGUGAAGGCCGAAGAUGAAGAUGGCAGCGCCGAAGGCGAGCUUUCGCGUCUUCACCGCAGUCCAAGCGCGCCGGAAGCGGACGGCGUCUCGGCUGCGCUCUCCGACUCGCCGGACGCCGCCGCCGAGACGAGAGAAAAGCCUUUCGCGUGUCCCUUUUGCGCCAAAGCAUUCGCCAGGAGGACGCAUUUGAGGUCGCACGUGAUGACGCACACCGGCGAGAAGCCCUUUCCCUGCUCGCUCUGCGCUCAGAAGUUCUCUUCCAAGAGCAAUUUGAAGUCGCACGUGAGGACACACACCGGGGAGAAACCGUUUCCCUGCUCGCUCUGCGGCGAGAGAUUCCCCCGGAAGCACACGCUGAUGGAGCACUCCCGGACGCACACGGGGGAAAAACCUUUUCCGUGCUCGGUCUGCGCCCAGACGUUCUCUUCCAAGAGUAACUUGAAGGCCCACAUGAGAAGACACACCGGCGAGAAACCCUUCGCUUGCUCGGUUUGCGGCGAAGGCUUCACCACCAAAGCCAUUCUGGUGGUACACGCCAGAAAACACACCGGAGAGAAACCAUUUGCCUGCUCAACCUGCGGCGAACGAUUCACCCGGAAAGACACCUUGACGGUCCACAUGAGAACGCACACGGGAGAAAAACCCUUCCCCUGUUCGGCGUGCGGCCAAACGUACUCGUCCAAGUGCAGUUUGAAGAUUCACAUGAGGAGACACACCGGCGAGAGACCUUUCGACUGUUCGGUGUGCGGCGAAGGCUACGCCACCAAAGCCAUUUUGGUGGCGCACAUGAGAACGCACACGGGGGAAAAACCUUUUUCCUGCUCGGUGUGCGCGCAAACCUUUGCUCACAAGUGCAACUUGAGGACGCACAUGAGGAAACACGCCACCGACGAGGCGCUCGCCUGUAGCGGGUGCGAUCACGGCUUCGCUUCUCGAUCGGAGCCGGACGGGCACGAGUGUGCCGCCGAGAAGAGUGCCAAUCGGUGCUUGCGGCGUGCGCUUCGCCGUCGCUGCUGCUGCCCGUGCGCGGGCGAGCGGCCCUUCGCCUGCUCCUUCUGCCAGAAAAAGUUCUCGCGCAAGGGCAAUCUGAUCCGCCACACCGGCAUCCACACGGGGGAGAGACCCUUCCCCUGCGGCGUGUGCCACAAGACGCACUUGAGGAUCCACAUGGUGACGCACACGGGCGAGAAAGCCUUCUCCUGCUCCGUCCGCGUGCAGACCUUCUCGCUCAAGAGCAGCCUGGUGACGCUCACCCGGACGCACACGGGGGAGAAACCCUUCGGCUGUCCGUUGUGCCGGCAAAACUUCGCCUCCAAGUAUCAGCUCAACAAACACGACUGCGCCGGCGGCUCGCAGACCCACCCGAAGGCAUGGCAGCAAUGUGGCGACCGUGCCGCGGCUUCGGCGAAGAAGUCGAAGCCGCCGAAGAAGAAGAAGAAGAAGCUGGGACGUUUUCUUGAAUUUCCUCGCCCGGGCGCCCUUCGAAGCUUCUCCGCUCCGCUUCGCUUGUUAGCUGCCGACAAAGACGGGCGCGAGCUCGCAACACGCGGCCGCAGUCGUUGGAAUUCUCGUGGGAACAUGUGCAAAGUGAGGAUGCUGCGAGCGUUGGUCAACGAGCGGCUGAGCGCGGCCGCGGAAGAAAUCUUUGCCGUGUUGGAAAGAACCGUAGCGGACUACGAGGAGGAACUUUCUCGAACCAAAGACGAGAAUCUGCGACAACGGCAUCUGCUGGACGCGCUCUUCAAAGCUCCCCCGGUCACAAACGCGCCAGACCUCCGUGGAGAAGGGGUUCCUCCUGGGCAGCGGGAAGAGCAGGAGUGGGGAUCCGGGGCGGAGCCGGAGCCGGAGGCCCCCCGCACCAAAGAGGAGAGCCCCCACGUUGACGAGGACGGCUUUGAAGGACUGCGACCGCCGGACGUGAGCAAACUUGCGGUCACGCGUGUCAUCGUCAAGAGUGAAGAGGACGACGACGACGAAGACGAAGCGGCCGAGUGGCGCCGCCUCGAUGAAGAGAAGCGAAGAAGCCGAGCGGACGUCUUCACGGCCCCUCGCUCGGACGCCCAAAGAGCCGCCGCCGAAGACGAGGAGCGCUCCGGAGGCGCCGGCAAGCCGGUCGAGUGCCCUCAAUGCGACAAAAGCUUUUCCCACCCGAAGAACUUGAAAAGGCACAUGAAGUGCCACGCGGGGGGGAAACCGCCGGGCCGCUCCGCGUGCGGCGGCAGCAGGUUCUCACAGAGGGAACAUUUGAUCCGGCGCGGGCACGGCCGCAUCCGCGCCGGCGACAAGCCCUUCUCGUGCUCGGCGUGCGGCAUGACCUUCCGCUUCCACUCCACCUUCGUCAACCACACGAGAACGCACACGGGCGAGAAGCCCUUCGCCUGCCAGGCCUGCGGCGUGCGCUUCGCCGUCCGCUCGUCGCUGCUGCGGCACAUGCGCUCGCACACGGGCGAGAAGCCCUUCUGCUGCUCCUUUUGCGGCAAGCGUUUCCCCAGGAAGACCAGCUUGAAAGAGCACACCAGGAUUCACACCGGAGAGAAGCCCUUCUCGUGCUCCGUGUGCCACGCCAGGUUCCGAUUCCACUCCAAGCUGGCCAACCACAUGCGAACGCACACGGGCGAGAGACCCUUCGCCUGCUCCGAGUGCGGCAAAACCUUUGCGCAGAAGGAGCACCUGCGCAUCCACGCGGUGACGCACACGGGCGAGAAAGCCUUCUCCUGCUCCGUCUGCGGUCAAAGGUUCUCGGCGAAGAGCAGCCUGGUGACGCACACCAGGACGCACACGGGGGAGAAACCCUUCGGCUGUCGGCUGUGCCGGCAAAAAUUCGCCUACAAGUAUCAACUGGACAAACACGCGUGCGCCGCCGGCGAGAGCAGCGGCGCGCAAAUGCACUUGGCCGUGUAGAUCGGACUUCU